GGUGGCAGGGCCCAGCCUUGCCCGGCCCUUCACCAUGUUCCUCCUGCUCCCUUUUGACAGCCUGGUCGUUAACCUGCUGGGCAUUUCCUUAACUGUCCUCUUCACUCUGCUCCUGGUUUUCAUCAUUGUGCCAGCCAUUUUUGGAGUCUCCUUCGGCAUCCGCAAGGUUUACAUGAAAACGUUGCUAAAGAUUUUCCAGUGGGCGACGCUGAGGAUAGAGCGCGGCGCCAAGGAGAAGAACCACCCGCUCUACAAGCCCUACGUCAACGGGAUCAUUGCAAAGGAGCCCACGUCGCUGGAAGAGGAGAUCAAGGAGAUCCGCCGGAGCGGCAGCGGCAAAGCCCUGGAUGCUCCCGAGUUCGAGCUCUCCGAUAUCUUCUACUUCUGCCGCAAAGGCAUCGAGACCAUCAUGGACGACGAAGUGACCAAGAGGUUUUCGGCGGAAGAGCUGGAGUCCUGGAACCUCCUUAGCAGGACCAACUACAACUUCCAGUACAUCAGCCUGCGCCUCACGGUGCUCUGGGGCCUGGGCAUGCUCAUCCGCUACUGCUUCCUGCUGCCCCUCAGGAUAGCCCUGGCCUUUACUGGCAUCAGCUUGUUGGUGACCGGUACCACAGUGGUGGGAUAUUUGCCAAAUGGAAGGUGCAAGGAGUUCCUGAGCAGACACGUCCACCUCAUGUGCUACCGCAUCUGCGUGCGCGCCCUCACCGCCAUCAUCACCUACCACGACCUAAGGCCACGUUCCCAUCGGAUGCUCCGUGCUGUGCCGCCCGCCGGCCUCGCGCUCUGCGUGGCCAACCACACGUCCCCCAUCGACGUGAUCAUCCUGGCCAGCGAUGGCUACUACGCCAUGGUGGGCCAGAUCCACGGAGGCCUCAUGGGCGUCAUCCAGAGAGCCAUGGUCAAGGCCUGUCCCCACGUCUGGUUCGAGCGCUCCGAAGUCAAGGAUCGUCACCUCGUCGCCAAAAGGCUGACAGAGCACGUCCAGGACAAGAGCAAACUGCCCAUCUUGAUCUUCCCCGAAGGCACCUGCAUCAACAACACGUCCGUGAUGAUGUUCAAGAAGGGAAGCUUCGAGAUCGGAGCCACCGUUUAUCCCGUAGCCAUUAAGUACGACCCGCAGUUCGGAGACGCCUUUUGGAACAGCAGCAAGUACGGCAUGGUCACCUACCUCCUGCGCAUGAUGACCAGCUGGGCCAUCGUUUGCAGCGUCUGGUACCUGCCCCCGAUGACCCGGCAGCCCGAGGAGGACGCCGUGCAGUUUGCCAACCGCGUGAAGUCGGCCAUCGCCAGGCAGGGAGGCCUCGUGGAUCUGCUCUGGGACGGAGGCCUGAAGAGGGAGAAGGUGAAGGACACGUUCAAGGAGGAACAACAGAAACUCUACAGCAAAAUGAUUGUAGGCAACCACGAAGACCGGAGCCGCUCGUGA